CUCCAAAUUUCAAUGUAUUCGUUUCACCAUUUUCAGCCGGAAAAAGGAACCCAGGUAAUUGGUAAACCCUAACAAACGCCAUGACUCUCCACUCCAUAGUCAUACAGAAGCUGCUCAGCACCAACGCCCAUUUGGGCCGCCGUGUCGCCGCCCACCACUUCAAGCAGUUCACCUACGGAACCCGCAAUGGCAUGGCCAUCAUCGACUCCGACCGCACCCUCAUCUGCCUCCGCAGCGCCGCCGAGUUCAUCGCCGCCCUCGCCCAGCAGAAGGCCCGCUUCAUGUUCGUCAACACCAACUCCCUCUGGGACGAAAUCAUCGAGCAGAUGACGAAGAGGAUUGGGUGCUACAGCCCCUCCAUGAACAUGCUCUGGCGCACUGGCGGCUUCCUCACGAACAGCCACAGUCCCAAGAAGUUCAGGUCUCGCCAUAAGAAGAUUUGCUUCGGCCCCACCCAGCCCCCGGAUUGCCUUGUGGUUUUUGACACGGAUCGAAAAUCUUCGGUGAUUCUCGAGGCUGAUAGGUUGCAGAUUCCAAUUGUUUCGCUUGUCGAUUCGGCAAUGCCAUUGGAGUACUAUAAGAAGAUCACCUAUCCGAUUCCCGCCAAUGACUCGGUUCAGUUCGUGUACUUGGUGUGCAAUUUGAUUACCAAGACGUUUCUUCUCCAGCAGAAGAGAAAUGGUGCUGUUGCAGCGGACGAGGGGACGAGGGAGAAAGUGGAGAGUAUAGAGGAGAGUAAGACUACCAACAAGGCUGAGUUGCUUGUGCUUCCUUACAACUUGUUACCCAUUUCUCCUGGUGUUGAAGAAACUGAGGAGCUCUUAGACAAGCUUGUUGUGCUCAAGUUCAAUGGAGCUUUGGGUACAAAUAUGGGAUUCGAUGGCCCCAAGUCUGCUAUUGAAAUCCGUGAUGGGUUGACAUCUUUGGACUUAAUUGUUAAGCAAAUUGAGACUCUCCGUUCUAAGUACAGAUGCAGUGUUCCUUUGCUCCUGAUGAACACACCAACGACACAUGAAGAUACCGUCAAGGUCUUGGAGAAAUAUUCCAUUUCAAACAUUGAUAUCCAUUCUCUUAAACAGACCGAACAACCACAGCUGAAGUCACAUGGAGUAGGACGGGGUGGUGAAGAUGAACUGUAUCCUUCUGGACAUGGAGCAUUGUUCCUUUCCCUUGUCAAAAGUGGAACUCUUGAUGUCCUAUUAUCACAGGGUAAGGAGUAUAUCCUUCUGGUUAACUCAGACAACGUGGCUGCUACAAUUGACCCAAAAAUUUUAAACCAUUUGAUUGAAAACAAAAUUGAAUAUUGUAUGGAGGUCACACCUACCUCUUAUGAUUCAGAUUUUAGCAACAUUGGCUCACGCCUACAGAAGUUUGAGCUUGCGGAAAUAGCUCAGAACUUUGUUAAACAUUCAAUGGACAAAUUCAAACUUCUUGAUACUGGCAGCUUGUGGGUCAAUUUGAAAGCCGUUAAAAGGCUUUUGGAUACAGAUGCAAUAAAGAUAGAAGACAUCUCUGUUUCAAAGGGAACGGAGAGUGAUCAAGUUCCUUUGCAAGAAACGGCAGCUGGUUCAGCAAUACGGUUCUUUGAUCGUGCUAUUGGUGUCAAUGUUCCCCAUUCUCGAUCCCUUUCAAUCAAUAAAACAUCAGACCUACUCCUUUUAAAGUCAGAUAUCUUCAUCUGCGAUGGAGGAGUUCUAGUUCGGAAUAUAGCUAGAACAAAUCCCGAAGAUCCUGUUAUUGAAUUAGGACCUGAAUUCGAAAAGGUCAGUGACCUCCUGAGCCGAUUUAAGUCCAUACCCGAUAUUAUGGACCUGGAUAGAUUGAAGGUGACUGGUGACGUAUGGUUUGGAGCUGGUAUAACUCUCAAGGGGAAAGUAACUAUUGUUGCAAAACCCGGGAUGAAAUUGGAAAUUCCUGACGGAGUGGUAAUAGAGAAUAAGGACAUCAACGACCCUUCAGACAUUUGACAAGGAGACGAGUUGCUCGGAGAAUGUUGACGAAAAUGAGUUAAACCUGCCGAACAUCUUCCUCCGGAGUCCUUAUAGGCAGCAGCAUACUUUGACAUUGCUACAGAUUCCAUCGAAUAUUCCAUUAUUUGUUUUGAGAAACAGAGAGAAAUGCAGAGCGCAGUCGCAGUAUUUAUUUUGGCUGAGAAUUAGAGAGGUCGCGUGACCAAAUAAGCUUCGUGUUAAAUUGUUUAUUGGAAGAGGUGCGGCGAAAGGUUGUAGAAUAGUUCCUUUUGGUUAGUUUACUGAUUGAUUUUCAGCUGUAAUCUGAUUUUAGCCGUAAAGUGCGGCGUAAGGAGCUUAGCCAAGUAGUUCUUGUUCCAAGUGUUCUUCUAGUAUUGUUCAUAAUCUACGGGCCUAUUUAUUUUGGGUGUCAUACAUUGUAAACUUGCGAAGUAAGUGCAAGUUACCUUCGAAUUCUAGGAGAAUUUUUUAGCAUGAUUGUCACACCGUUACUUGUUGGACCCAUAUGGUUUACCAUGGGCCGCACAUUUUUCCUA